AUGGGGCGAGUUAUCCGCAAUCAGAGAAAGGGCCGUGGCUCUAUCUUUACUGCCAACACCCGGUUGAACAAGAACCCCGCGAAAUUCAGAAACCUCGAUUAUGCGGAAAAGCAUGGAUAUGUUCGUGGUGUCGUGAAGGAGAUCAUUCAUGACCCAGGACGAGGAGCCCCUCUCGCGAAGGUUGUCUUCAGAGACCCAUACAGAUUCAAGCUUCAUACCGAGACAUUCAUCGCCAACGAGGGCAUGUACACUGGUCAAUUCAUCUACGCUGGCAAGAACGCAAACCUCACCGUCGGAAACGUCCUACCCCUCGGCUCUGUCCCAGAAGGAACCGUCGUCUCGAACGUGGAGGAGAAGGUUGGUGAUCGUGGAACUCUUGGACGCACAUCUGGCAACUACGUGACCGUCAUUGGCCACAACCCUGAUGAGGGCAAGACCCGUGUCAAGCUCCCAUCCGGCGCAAAGAAGGUCAUCAAGAGCAGCGCGCGUGGUAUGAUUGGUAUCGUCGCUGGUGGAGGAAGAACCGACAAACCUCUGUUGAAGGCGUCCCGUGCGAAGCACAAGUUCGCUGUUAAGCGUAACUCGUGGCCCAAGACUCGUGGUGUAGCAAUGAAUCCCGUGGACCAUCCCCACGGUGGUGGUAAUCACCAGCAUAUCGGAAAGGCCUCUACAAUUUCGAGAUUCGCUGCGCAAGGUCAAAAGGCUGGUCUCAUCGCUGCUCGCAGAACUGGUCUGUUACGUGGUACCCAAAAGACCAAGGACUAG